AUGUCGAAAGCUAAGGAAGCGACGGCGAGUAUACCGGGAGAGGCGGUGAAAGUUGUGGCAGCGGUUGGCGAAGCCGAACAAGAGGCAAAGAAAGCAAGUACAGCUGCAGAUGCUUACCGCAAGAAGCUAAACGAUGCAAACAAAAAAAUGAAGGAUAUUCUUAUUGCAAUGGACACCAAACUUAUUGCAGCAAAGAAAGCGGAGGAGUUGGCCAAGAAAGCUCUAUCCGAUGGAAAAAAAGAGGUUACAGAUACUGAUCACAAUGCACUCGAAAAAGAUGCUAGUGAUGGGUUGGAGGCUGUCUUAAAAGGAUUGAAAACCAAGACAGAGGAGAUAUUUUCAUCUAUUACGGAACCUGAAACCGAAGCCAAAGCACCUAUGGACCUCCUGCAGGCUGCAAUGAAGCGUACAGAGAGUGCUGUAACGUUGGCUAACGUUGAGAAAUCAGCAGCUGAAGCGGCGUUGCAGCAAGCCAAUAAGGAUCUGGAAGCCGCUGAAAAGAAACAGAAGGAGAGUGAGAAACAGAAAGAGGGGAUUCUGGAAAGCGAAGGGAGUGAAAGGGACGGAGAGAAAGGACUAACACGUCCCCAUCAACCCGACACCACUGAUGGCACUGCGACUCCUCCUGCUGGUGCGUUGUUGCCUAAGACCGAUGGUACUGCGGAUGGCGAGAAGCUUCUUGCUCAGCACACAGAUGGCAGCGACGUCCCCGCGUGGGAGCGUGCGCCACUGAUGCUGCUGCUGAUGGCCUGUGUGGCUGUGUUGUAA